UUCCAAGUAUGACUGGCCACAAUAACUCUGGGAAUUCCUCUUGCGAACCCAUACUGACACCCCAUUUAACCAGGCUCUACUUUGUGGUGCUUAUUGGAGGGCUGGUGGGCGUUAUCUCCAUUCUGUUCCUGCUGGCGAAAAUGAACACCCGGUCGGUGACCACCACGGCUGUCGUUAACUUGGUGGUUGUGCACAGUGUUUUUCUGUUGACAGUGCCUUUCCGCUUGACCUACCUCAUCAAGGAGACUUGGAUGUUUGGGCUGCCCUUCUGUAAGUUUGUGAGUGCCAUGCUGCACAUCCACAUGUAUCUCACGUUCCUGUUCUAUGUGGUGAUCCUGGUUACCAGGUAUCUUAUCUUCUUUAAGUGCAAGGACAAAGUGGAAUUCUACAGAAAACUGCAUGCUGUGGCUGCGAGUACCAGCAUGUGGCUGCUGGUGAUUGUCAUUGUGGUGCCCCUAGUUGCUUCCCAGUAUGGAACUCAUGAGGAGUACAACGAGAAGCACUGUUUUAAGUUCCAAAAAGAACUUGCUCGCAUGUACGUGCAAGUCAUCAACUAUGUGAUAGUGGCUAUUGUCAUAGCCGUUGUGGUGGUUCUGUUGGUGCUGCAGAUCUUCAUCAUUAUAUUGAUGAUGCGGAAGCUACGCCACUCCUUACUCUCCCACCAGGAGUUCUGGGCUCAAUUGAAAAACCUAUUUUUUAUAGGGAUCAUCCUUGUUUGUUUCCUACCCUACCAGUUCUUUAGGAUCUAUUACUUGCGUGUUGUGGCACACUCUAAUGUCUGUGACAGCAAUGUUGCAUUUUAUAAUGAAAUCUUCUUGAGUGUAACAGCAAUCAGCUGCUGUGAUUUGCUGCUGUUUGUUUUGGGGGGUACCCAUUGGUUUAAGCAAAAGAUAAUUGACCUAUGGAAUUGUGUUUUGUGCUGUUAACUACAGACUGUAGUAUUCAUUAUUACUCCUUUAUAUUGAGGGAAAAUGGGUACAGGGGAGGUAAGAAUAUUAUUCCAUUACACGAUCAAAGACAUGGCUUGAUCUAGCCUAACAAAAGGACAAU